UUCUCUUACCUCUUCUUUCUGAGAGAAAUUACAAGAUUUGAUUCCACAUUCAAUCUCGCAUUUACGACGUCGUUCCACGUGCGCUCCAAAAAUCCUCUCUUCAGAUCUGCUGAUGUAAUAACCCUUCCAAUUUACCCAAUUUGUUGCGAUUCGUGAUUUUUCCGAUUGGCAGAGAAGAUCUAUGGAUUCGGAUGAAUUCCGAUCGAUUUUGUCGAGAUCGGGAGUCGGAAUUUGGGCGCUGAUUGACGCGGCGAUCGGAGUCGCCAGCUCCGACUACGGCGAGGAGCUGCGCAGCCGGAGAGACGGAAUCGUCGAAUCGCUCUACGCAUCCGCGGGGCAGCUGUGCCGCAGCUGCGGCGGCGGCGGCGGCGGAGAAGCCGAUCAGGAUCACCGAUUUUGCAAUCGCGGCAGCAAAAUUGAUUACAGCAGCGACGACGUUGACCACAAGGAUAAUGAUAGCAAUAAGAAGAAUAGCGUUGCUGUUGAUGAUGAUAGGAAUAUGAAUGCGGAUUUUGGUAAGACUGCGUUGACUCCGGAUUCAGAUCAUCUGAAUCUUAACGACGAAGAAGGCGAGGUCGAUCCGUAUGCUGGAUUGUUUGAUGACGAUGAGCAGACCACAAUUUUCAGCAUCAAAGAGCAGCUCGAGGAUCCACAGCUGAGUGAAGAAGCUGUGGUGGAGUUGCUGCAGACUCUUGCAGAUAUGGAUAUCACAUUCCAAGCUCUCAAGGAUACUGAUAUAGGAAGACAUGUGAAUCGACUGAGGAAGCAUUCUUCGAGUGAAGUUCGUAGAUUGGUGAAGCAGCUUGUUAGAAAAUGGAAGGAAACUGUGGAUGAAUGGGUUAAGGUGAACCAGCCACAAGCAACUACUGCAAAUCUCAUUGCUGAUGUGGACUCACCUCAGCAGAACAUACCCAAAAAUCAACAAAAUGGCCAUCACCAGGUCCCCGAUUUUGGGUACUCCCCAAAUCCCCGGAAUGGGGGUCCGACUCCAGAAAGGAAUUAUGCGGAAUAUGAGCCGAAACCUAAGCCAUCUCCAUCUGCAGCAGCUCGGAGGGAAGCUCCAUCAAGGCCUCCACAAUCAGUUUCUAAAUCUUCCUCUGCUCCCCCUCCUAAUAGAGCGCAAAGGGAAACUGUUGUAGACGACGAGAAGCUGAAUUCAGCAAGAAGACGGCUUCAAGAGAACUACCAAGAAGCUCAGAAUGCCAAGAAGCAACGAACGAUCCAGAUGAUGGAUAUUCAUGAGAUCCCUAAACCAAAGAACACCUUUUUUGCCAAGAACAAGGGUGGCUUUCAGGGGAGGCACCAUCGAUGAUAUGCUAUUUUUGUCGUGAUCUUCUUCUUUCCUUUCCGCAUUGUACCAUAAAAAUGGGAUGCCAAUUAUCCGAGGGGCCUCCAAAGAAGCAGUUGGUUCGCCUCUCGGGCAACAUUUCGUGUUUAUUACAAACAAACAGAAGUUAUAUAUGAACUGGUGAUUUUGGAGAUUGAAA